AUGUUAUUGAAGGCGUCGCCAGAAGCAGCUUUUCUCUUUACAAAGCUCAGCGUUGGAUUGGCUUCAUCUUGGCCACCAUCACCAACAGCAACGAAAUUUCGAAUACUUAUUUUUGAUUUCUCAUGGUACGCACUUUUUGCGAGUGGAUUGUUUCUUUUAUUUCCAUUGUUAAAUGCACUUUAUGUUUUACGAGAUAAUUACGUUGUCAUGAGCAAAUCUAUUUGCUUAUUUUGUGCUGUUGUUCAAGUUCUUCUCAAAAUGAUAUUCUGUCGGCUUCAACGUACUCAAUUUCAAGGAUUGUUCUUUGAAAUGGACAAUUUUUGCAAUAAUGCUGACGAUCAAGAAAGAUCGAUACUUCAACGAACUGUUGAAAGAUGCAAAUUUGUACAUGUGACUUAUACAAUGGGCUGUUAUCUGACUGCUGUCAUCAUCGUUUGUGGUCCUUUAUAUACUAAUCAGAAUUUUCCUACUGAUGCGAAAUAUCCCUUUCAGACAGAACAUCAUCCCAUAAAAGAAAUCAUUUUUCUACAUCAAACUUUAGUUGGAUUCCAAGCUUCUGCUGGUUUGACUAUCGAUUGUCAAGUUGCUCUUCUUCUUUGGUAUGUUGGUGCUAAGUAUGAAAUUUUAGCAGAAAAAUUGAAAAGAAUUAAAAAUGAGAAUGAACUAAAUACUUGCUUGAAAAAACAUCAAGAUAUUAUUAGAUAUACAAAGCAAGUAAAAUAUGUAGUGAAGUAUUUGAUCCUAACUAUCGUCACAACGACGAACGUAGUCAUUAUUUUUGGUGGUUUAAAUAUCGUCAGUAAACAAUCAUUAAUCGUUAAGAUUCAAUACAUUGUUAUAGUAAUUAGUGCAAGUGCUGAACUUUUUAUUUGUGCUUGGCCAGCAGACAAUCUAAUUACCAUGAGUUCGAAUAUUUCCUGGGGUGUUUAUUAUUCAAAUUGGUUAUUAGUUAAACCUAAAACGAGGAAAACAUUGUUACAAUGUAUUUUGAGAUCGCAGAAAGCUGAAAGCGUUCGUAUAGGAAGCGUACUUCCACCAUUAUCCUUACAAUAUUAUGCAUCGUUCUUAUCAACAUCGUUUUCGUACUUCACCGCGUUACGAGCUAUGCUCAGUGAUAGUGAUACAGGAAUUUCAUAA